AUGCUUCCCAGACAAAGGGUUAAAUGGCUAUCAACUAUCAAACGUGAAAUCGUCCGCAUGCUCGUGUUUGCACCAUACCAUUUGAAAAAGUUUCCGACAGCGAAACUACCCCCAAAGGAAGAAGAGCAGGAAAAUAUCAAACUAGGGGCAGAAAUACCAGGUGUAUUGGAGAAAUUCACUCGUGAGGACUGGGAGACUAAAACAGGACAGAUUAAGCGAGACGUCUACAUGAUUGUCACAAAGAAUGUACGAAACGAAGCCCGUGAAUACUUCAAAUGCUCUUCUUUGGAAGGAGCUGAGUUGGAAGAUCAAGGAGGUCCCAACUCAAUAGGUUCACAAUGGGAAACACGCAUUUUAGAGGUAUCUUCUGUUUCUUCGACUGAAGAAGGGCAGCAGUCCUUGUUGAAAGAUCCUAUGAGUUUCCUAGGUUGGAGUCCUGGGACAGAGGAAGGGGGAGGGGAAGGUCCCGUUAAAGUGAAAUUUGCGAUGAGAGCAAUCGCUAAUUCAAUUACGGCGCUAUACGAAAUCCCACCUUUGCGAGAGUUUCAUCAGGCAACAGUGGAACUCUUACAGGCUUUUCUCAAUAGUUCGCUCACGGGAGGAGAUAGAGCAGUCACAAGUGGCGCAGUAUUGCACACGCAUAGUCAGAGGAUCUAA